AUAAGAAGCCAAACAUUAGAGACACAGAGACAGAAAUGCAGCUAAGAGAAUCCAUGCAAAAAACCAAAAAUUUCUUCCACAAAACCCUUCAAAAGUUCAAGUCUGUAUUCUAUGGAAGGUACCAAAAACUACCCAGAUCCCUUUCAUUCAAUCCUCUCUCUUGCAGAAGCAAGAAGCCAAAAGAUCGGCAUACGAAUGGAUACUACACCGACUUCUGUGAUGAAUGGGAGUGUGAUCUAGAAAAGGCAGAGAGGAGAAAGAAUAUUAUUUUGGUAGCAUCUAAAGAGUCAAAAGAAGAAGAAGGCAAAUGCAGUGGAAGUGUUAUGGAACUUGUACAAAAAAAUCCAUUGAAGAACAAACAAGAAGAGAAGAAUAAAAGAAGUUCUAAGUUAGGUAAAAGAGAAUAUCAGUGUUCACAAAACACAAAGGGAGGAGUGUGUGUUUUAGCACAAAAGAUGAAGGAACUGGAAAUGUCAGAUGUAGGUGAUAUGGAGCAAGUGUUGGACAUAGAAGAGGCACUCCACUAUUACUCUCGCCUCAAAAGCCCAGUGUAUGUUGACAUGGUGAACAACUUCUUCACUGAUAUGUACUCAGACUUUUCUGUUCCACAAGCUUCAGCCAGCAUCAACAAUUCGAAGCGGAGACUAGGCUCAGUCCGGUUUUAGGUAUCAAUGUUCAUAAGUUCUUUCCUGUGCAUAUGAAUCUUCAAUUGGUUUUUUUUAAUUUCUUCUCUCUUUUUUCCCCUAUUGAUUGUGUCUGCAUCUCUGUGUGCUCUUGGCAUUUUGUAUUUCUAAUCCUUCCCACUUCAGUCGCAAUUUGCUUAAGCUCUGUCUUUUUACUGAUUGAUAUCACCUGAUUUGGUUUCUUUAGAUACCAGGAAUUCAAUCAUAUGUAGCUUAUAAACAUUAAAGCAUCAUAAGAUCAGUCUAAGAUCUACUAUGUUCA